GACAGUUUCUGUUCUGCCGAUUUGAACCACUUCCUGGUCCGGGAAAUCUGACAUUAUCGCGAUAGACAGCCUGCUCGGAUGCAAUUCAGCGGCAGGGGCCUGACAGAGGAUUGCGAAACUAUUUACCCAAAACAAACAGGUUAACAAACCUAGCUGUACAAUCUGAGCACAUUUCGUAGCGCACGUCGAGACUGAGCUAUGGUCCGGGACGUGAAGGAGACUCUUCAUUGUUGGGGAUGAGACGACAACGAAUGUCACAGCAUUUGCAGUUUGAGGCUCGUUGACUCUGUGUUGGCUCAGGAUGGCGCAGGGAAGCGACUACCACAUCCUGCAGGACCUGAAGCAGCGUUUCCCAGAGAUCCCAGAAGGGGUAGUGUCACAGUGCCUUCUACAGAACAACAAUAACCUGGAUCUUUGCUGCCACCUGCUGGCUCAGGAGAGUAAUAGAUACCUGUAUGGAGAGUUCCAUCACAGUCCAGAGGAUGGGCGUCUCAGCCGAAACCACUUGCUGCACAUAAGCCUGGGCUACCCAGGCUCAGAGGCAAGCAAGACAAAUGGUGGAGCACCAGGGCGCUCCUUAGUUCACAGUACCAGUGAUAGUCAUAUUGAACCCCAGCGGCCCAGCUACCCUGAGCCACUGUCCGCCCCUGCUAACAUAGCCCCCUCCCCGGGGUACAACCCCUUUUUCAUAAACGAUCAGAGUCGGUCAGCGAGCACGCCCACCCCCCCACCUACAAUGCAGGGCAUGUCCCCCACAUAUUCCCCUGUCCAGCGUUAUACUAUGAACCCUAUAACAGUCACACUCUCACAAAAUAUACCCAGUGUCCCACAAGCUCUGCAGAUCCCAGGGCACUAUGCUAGCAACUCCAACACUACCUUGUACAUUAGACCCUCACCUUCCCAGAGCCCACAGCCACCGCACUGGUCCUCCUCAGGGGCGCCUGCAUAUCAGCAUCAGCAGUCCCCGUACAGUACUCCGACAUAUGGCUCCCCUUACAGCUCUCCCCAGCAUCAGGUCCAGCCACAGCCCCAGCCGCAACCGCAACCCCAGCACCAGCAAUAUGUCUUCCUCCCUAUUAGCUCUCCAACCAUCCCAAGCCUGCCGUACCACCACCAGCAACAACCCCAGCAACAGCCAGCAGUUUACAGGCCCUAUCACACAAAAAGCUCCCUCAAGAACCAGAUAGAGAUUACCCUGGAGGGUCCAAGACCUCGCAGUAACUCCCCUGUGCACAACCCCCACCCCCAAGGAACGAUUUACAUGGCCACCAGCCCCUCACCCAGUUCUCCCUCAAGGGGCAUCACUAUGACUGGACCUCAAGGCCCGGCAUCCUUCCACCCUGGGAUGUAUCUUCAUCAUCAGGGCCCUGCAAGGCCUCGGCCCGCCUCCUCUCCUCAACCUGGCCAAUCAGCUUACACCUUCAAAAUCAAAGUGUCCCCAGGAGGCCAGGCCCAGAGGCCACCCAGUUCACCCCCUGUGGCCGAAGCUGAGUCUCUUCUCAACAUCGUGGACCAUGGGGAGCACAACGCUGCCCCUCCACCCAUCCUGCCCAUCUCUGCUCUACCGGGGAGCACUGCAAGUCAGUUUCACCAAAUGCCCCGACGUUCAAGCUCAGGCUCUGAUGACUAUGCCUACACACAAGCGCUCCUACUCCACCAGCGGGCCCGGAUGGAGCGUCUGCUGAAGGAGCUCCUGAUGGAGAAGCAGAAAUUAGAGCAGCUGAAGGCAGAUGUCAACAAUAUGGAAUAUGACGCCCUUCAGAGGCGCUUUAGACGAGUCAACUCCACUAGUUUUAUACCCAGACCUGAAGAGAUGACCCGAUUGCGGAGUCUGAACAGACAGCUUCAGAUUGAUAUCGACUGUACCCUGAAGGAGACAGAUCUUCUGCAAUCGAGAGGGAAGUUUGAUCCGAAAGCAAUGAGCAACUUUUAUGACAACAUUCAGCCCGGUCCAGUCGUGCCCCCCAAACCUGGGAAGAAAGCUUCUUUUCUUUUCACCAGAAGCAGAGCAGCCUCCAAAGCCAGUGCCAGGGCCUCAGAGAGAUGAAGACUUCGAAGGCGCCCAGUGGAACUGUGAAAGCUGCACCUUCCUCAACCACCCUGCACUCAACCGCUGUGAACAGUGCGAGAUGCCGCGCUACACCUGAGCUCAGCGCCCGCUCUGUAUUGCCCACCCUCGCCCCCCCUCUCUUGCAGGUCCUUGGCGAGUAUAAGCUCCACCCUUUAAGAAUCUGUCCAGAGGUCUUCCCCCUGUCAGUCAAUAUAUAAGACCCUCUUACCUGCUGAGGAGGAGCCACUAUCCCGCUCUGCCCACUCGCCCCGCUUCAGUCUACGACUCCUGUGCACUUUGACCCUUCAUUGGCAGACAAUGAUUCCUUCUUUUGGGACAGCUGGGACUCUUCUCAAAGCGAAAUGUAUCAAAUCUGGAGUGGCACUGCGUGACUCUGGCAGCGGUUGGGACAGGGCUUCAGAAAAGGUCAAAGCAACUUAGGAUGAAGGAUGAAGAGGAAGAGGAGCUACAGUUUACCUAAAGAACAUUCCAUGCAGAAUGAGUGACUGCCUUGUUUACACGACUGCGCCCAUUCCUGAACUCAAAACGGAGGCACUUCCACUGAAGUGCAGGACCUGUGACAUCCUCUUUGACAGCGGAACAAUGAGAUCAAUGAUGUAUACGUUCUGACUAAUGCGAAAUGUAGACUGUACACUGUAUCUGGCUCUGUAUGAGAGCUCAUUUCACUGAAAGAAGAACACUAAAGACACUUGCAUAGGAGUAUAUUCCUGGUACUUUUAUGCAUAUAAAGCCACCCUGUAUUAUGUGUUCAGAAGAUGUUGAUUUCCUGUGCAAAUGCCUCAACUUGCUGUACUUAAUAAAGGAGCUGAUUCUAUGUGACUUGA